UUGAAAGAUAAUGGCGAGAGUGGUCGAACUGCUUGUAUAGAGAUGAUUAAGGAGUAUCCCAUAGAGAUGGAUACCUUACAUGGAGUCAACUUCAUGUUCACCAAUAACAUAGAAUUUAUAAUAGCCAUGGGAGUUGUGGAGUUAGUCGGGGUGGGUGUUCCUGUUGUUAUGCUUGGCUUGGGUUUCGUUUUAAAUAUCGGCAACUACGUCGUCUCUCUUUUUUCAUUAAUAUUACCAUGCUUUUAUCCAAUUGCUGGUCCUUACUAUGUUUUGAUGUCCAACGUCGACUACAACAAGAGGGUGAAAGAGAUAAUCGCGAAUGUCCGCUCUAAGCUCUGUUCCUCCCGUGCCAAUCAAAAGGUCACGUCAGUUUCUAGUGUUUUGUUUGGAAGUACAACUUCGUAG